GGGCUGAGCAGAGGGGUGUGUGCCACGCUCACCUCCCCGGGCUGUGCUGCUGCAGACCUUAGGCAAGUGCAGGGCCAGGUGAGACUCAGCCCCUUUCCUGAGCAGGCACUUGGAACACUUGGACUUAGUGGCCUUUUUUUCCCAGGAGUAUUUCAGUCGCAAUUUUGUAACUCUCAAGACAUCUGCAAGUAGCCACAUAUAAUAUUUUUCUUCUUUCAGUUUAUAUGUUUGUAGGUAACUCUCCUGCUGUUGCAGUGUUAUGGGAGAUCUUCAUGAGCCGCAGAAACAAAGGGGGAUUCUCAGCUACAGACACAGAAAGGAGAAAAUACACAUUGUUCUAGCACGAGCUGUAUGCAGUGGCAUCCUCAGAGACUUUGGAAGAUGAACUCUUCCUUGGCUGACGUGUUCCUUGUCGUUCACUCCUGUUCAUACCCAGUGUUAGCAGUUUGUUGUUAAGAUAAUGCCUGGUGAGGUGGGACCCGGAGCUCCCUGGGGGCCCUGGCACUGCUGCAACAGAAUUAGCAGUGAUGGAUACCCUGCUCUAGGGCAGCAGAGAAAUAAAGGUUCAGUUGGUAAGAAUGACAGCUCACUAGUUCACCAGAAGAGAACAGCUCUUUGAUUUUGGAUUAGCUUUGCUUAUCUUGUCAGUGAAUCUCUCUCACUGUCCCAGCUGGGUUCUCUUGCCAUAGGUUUUGUGUGCUGGAGGCUCUGCCCCUGGGCACAGCCCUCACUGAGCGUUUGGGAUCCGCUCCUUGCUCACCCUGGUUUGAGCAGAUGCAGUUUUCUCCAGGUGGAGCAGCCAGAGAUGAGGAUCCCUGGGAACUGACACUGCUUACACAGCCCUGUGUUGUUUGCCUGCUGUUCCUCCUUGUGCCUUAGUGACGUUGCAGUUGGUGCAGAGUCUGCCAGGAGUGUGGAGUGGGGAAUAAUCUUAUUCCACUGGUCUGUGAAUGUAAGGAAAGUGCCACCAUGUUCAGAACACCCAAGUAUGGAAAUCUGCAGUGAGAGACUGUGCCUUACUUCAUAAAUGUGACUUAACAGGUACAGAGAAAGUCAAACUGACUCCUCUUUUAAAAAGCAUUUAUCUGUGAAAAGUUAUAUUUUAAGUGUAUUUUUUUUGCUGUCAAAGAGUGUAGUUUUAUUGUUUGUGAGACUUGGGAUGGCUGUAGCAGCCAAGAGCCAAUAGCAACCAUGGCCUAUUUAGGGAAAAAACACAACUUGCUGCUGAUUAACUCCUGAGUAUUUUUUUCAGUGGUUCACUUAUAGUACUGUGGAAGUAAAAUAAUGCUUAGAGAACAAAUAAGGUUCUUUAAAGCUCUGUGGAAGCAUAUUAACUAGUUAAUCAUGGGUGAUGAACAGUGAAGAACAUUAUCCCAAGCUGCCAAAGAGGAUAUAGAAAGUGACUCUUGGGCCGCUGUUGCUGUGAGUCACUGUCACAGUUGAGAUCACAGCCCAGGGUUUUGGCUUGCACUUCCGAAACUCACUGUGGAUUUUUUUAUUAAGCUGGAUUGGGUCUGAUCCUCUUAGCAGUGCUGUGAUCAGAGAGUCCCCAUAACUGGUUAGUUGAGUUCAAAGUUCAGACGCAUUCUUCAGUUGAUGGGUGCCAUGGAAAAAUGCUUGUAAGUGUUCUUUGUUCCUUGUCUUGCUUGUUAAGAUUUUAUGCCUGUGUCAGGCUGGGGUUGGUAAGAAUUGACCUUUCUGAAGGGCAGCAACAAACCCCUCACAGGCAGCAGGUGGAGAGCCAGCCUUGCUGUUUGCUGUCCUCGCAGUGAGUGCUCUGCAGCCCACGGGGGCAGCCCCAGGGCAGGGCUGGGCUUGGUUUGGGACAGGACAAAGGCCCUGCCCCUGAGCACGGCCCUGCUGUGGCUCCCCCUGCGUGGGCUGUGCCCCACGGCCCUGCAGCAUUGCAAGUGUCACAGUUUCCCUUCCCAGAGCAAAACAAGGGCUUGGUUUGCUGCCCGGCAAGAGGACCUUUCAUGGAUGGGAUCGCUGGAGGGGAGAUCCCAACAGAACAUUCCUCGAGAAGGAAGCGAGUUCUCAGUCUGGUGAUAGUUUCCAGCUGUAGUUUGUAGAGGGCUUGUUGUUUGCACCGUGGCACAGUUUUUGUUGCCAGCAGAGGUUUGUCAGGACCGCAGAGACGCGGGCCCUUGUGAGCUGCAGUGGGGGAGGAUGUCUGAGUAAGACAGGGAGGAAAUGAAGGCCUUGGUGGUCCGUGAAGAGAGGGACAUGGGCUGGGUUGGCAGCACUGGGCCCCCCAGGACCAGUCAGGUUGGCUCGAGACGUUCAGUUCAUCCGCUCCCAUGAGCUGUUACACGCACAAGAGUUCCUGCCCAGCUUGGCUUUUACAUGUUGACUGUGAUUUAACUUACCAAAAGAACAGUAUUAAAGAGUGUGUUAUUUUUGAUGUUUGUUUCCUGAUGUAUUUACAGGUAUUAUUUAGGAAAAGUGUGUGUUUUUUAUGGACAUCUUUUCACUUUAUUUUCCAUUGCUUUUAAGAAAUUAUCACAUUUUUGUCAGAUUUUUAAAAGGUGCAAAAGGGAAGUGUGUUCUAAAUUGCUAUUUGUCACUGGAUUUCAUGACUUUUUGGUUAAAAUAAAUUACUAAUUGCCUACAGAAGCCAGGAAAAAAAGUGAGUUGUAUGUAGAGAAAAAGUAGUAAUAUAGUUUAGAUUGAUAUUUUUCUAAAUAUUAUGGGGGGGUUUUCUGUGUUUGAGAACACCUCACAUAACAGGGUUUGGGUUUACUUGAUGGGAAACUUCCAGAACUGAGCCUGGGACUUGAUUUAAAAUAAAGAGAAGAAGGGCUGGAGUUUUGCAAGCAGACCCUGCUGUUCUGUUUCACCUUUUCCUCUGUGGACCUCGUUGUGCAACAGAGAAGUUGUGUGUCUGAAUAAAUGUGUAAUUUGGACAUAACAGCCUUUGGUGUGUUUGAAGUGGAAGCAAAAAUUAAUUCACUGCUCAUUUUCAUUCAGUCAUGGUAACUGAAUGUUAACAUCACCAGGAAAAACACAACAGCUCUUGAUGUGUGGGACAUGGUCUGUGGUUUCCAAAAACCAAAUGUGCUGAGGCACUGUGGGGGAUGCUGCUCCACAGUCACCAGACAGAAAACACAGCCACCUCCAGGAGCCUCUGUGUUGCUUCCCAUGGCAGGUUUUCCUGGAUGGGUUGCUGUAAGAGCCUGUGGGGUUUCUUGAUGGAGCUCCUAAGGGUUUUCCUGCAGAGCUCCUCCACAGCCAAGAGCCCUUUCCCCUGGGCUUAUGAAGAAGCUGGUGGGGAGGUAUGAGAAGCAGAAGAGGCCUUGACUCUGUGCAAGCCCUGCUCAGCAAUGACAGCACCAUCUCUAUCCCAUCAGCACUGUUUCCAGCACAGAUCCAAACCACAGCCCUGCCAGCCACUGUGAAGAAAAUUAACUCUACCCCAGCCAAAGCCAGCACAGGGCGUUGCUCAUCAGAGGCGGAAUUGCUUAAGGAGGUUGGUGACUCGUUCCACCCCACUUGAGUACAGCUCAGAGAGGAUGCAUCAUCACCACUGAUCUCCUCAGGAAUUGCUCCUCGGUGCAGGCUGGAAGGGAGCAGAGGGUGGAGUUCAGCCUUCAGUCUUCCUGAGCUGAGCCUUGCUUUCAAGUCUGCCUCCUUCUUUCCUUCCAUCCAGCGUGUGAUGGGAGCUGGAGAACAUCCUCUCUAAAACUCAGAACCAAAAACCCACUGAAGAAUCAGCAAUUUUUGUUGUUGUUGUUGGUAUUAAAACUUAUUUUAUAUCCUGUUUCCACUGUCUUCACACCAAUGGUUGAAAGCAGUAUUUGGUCUGUGACUUUGCAGGAGGUAAGUUUAUUUGUGUUUGUGUGUGUCUAUCAGCGGUGUUUGUCCUUUUUGGAAAUGCAGUAUCCUCCUUUUAACAGUUAACCAGAGCUCACCAGCCACCUUUUGUAGCCAGGAGGAGGAAUUUGGGAAAGAGGGAUCUCUUAUUUUACGGAUCGUAGAAAGCCAGCAAUGCCGAGGAGAAGGAAAUGGUUGUCAUAGUCGGUAAUUUAGUGGUGUGCAGAGAAGAGGCAGGACGCUGUGUGUUUACAGCAGGGACAACGAGCAGGUCUGACUAGUUGGCUGAUGCCAGGUCACAAAUGCUGCCUGGGAUGUGAGUCCUGCUCUAACGAACCAGCUCCAUCUGUUGAACUUCUUGUCCUUGCGAGCGUAUUCCAUAAAACCCUGUAAAUAUUUCAGAGCCACUGGAAAUAGUUUGCUACACGUGAAAAGCACUGUUUGCUAUUUCUGUCUUGACUGUGUCACGUUAGGUUUUAUUUAGAGUGAGGCAGACUAGGAGUUUCCUCCUGAGGAAGGAGGCAGUUGUUCACUGCUAGAUCUGAGGGGAGGAGCUGGAAAAGACAAACCAUCUCAUCGGGCAUUCUGCCCUGGGUGGAGGGAGAGUAAAGGUGGCCCUGUGAGAGGCUCUCAGCUGCACUGAGGGUAUGGUGACCGGGCUAGAAGCAUCUCUUGGCUAUUGACCGGAUGCCCAAGAGGGAGAACCGCAGGCUCCAAGAAGCAAGCAUGAGGCUGGAGCAGGAGAACGAUGACCUCGCCCACGAGCUCGUCACCAGCAAGAUUGCCUUACGGAAUGACCUGGACCAGGCUGAAGACAAAGCGGAUGUUUUGAACAAGGAACUUCUCCUGACCAAGCAGAAGCUGGUGGAGACUGAGGAAGAGAAAAGGAAGCAGGAGGAGGAAACUGCUCAGCUGAAGGAAGUCUUCAGGAAGCAGCUGGAGAAGGCGGAAUCUGAGAUCAAGAAAACCACAGCCAUUAUUGCAGAGUAUAAACAGAUCUGUUCCCAGCUGAGUACCAGGCUGGAAAAACAACAGGCGGCUAGUAAAGACGAACUGGAAGUUGUGAAGGGUAAAGUGAUGGCCUGCAAACACUGCAGUGAGAUUUUCAGCAAGGAGGGGGCUCUGAAGGUGCCUCCUGUAAGCACGGACAACAAAGGCAUUGAAAUAGAUGAUGAGAAGGAUGCACUGAAGAAGCAGCUGAGAGAGAUGGAGCUGGAACUUGCACAGACCAAACUGCAGCUCGUGGAAGCCAAGUGCAAAAUUCAGGAGCUGGAGCACCAGAGAGGAGCCCUUAUGAACGAAAUCCAAGCUGCCAAAAACUCUUGGUUUAGCAAAACCCUGAACUCGAUCAAAACGGCCACGGGCACGCAGGCCCCGGCGCAGCCCCCGCCGCCCCUGCCCCCCCGGGAGGGCAGCACAUAGUUCGGGCCACACCCGGCACAAGAGCACAAAGAACAACGCAGCUGAAACACCCCGGAGGAGCCUCCCAGCGGUCCCUCCUCUCGGGGAAAGGACAAAAGACAGGAGCGCAGGCUUGAAGUGAAAUUCUUCGGUGUUUUUCAUUCAUUUUCUGAUGUGAGCCUUUACAAAGGGGGUGGUGGGGGGGGAAAGUAAUUCCUGGUUUAUGUUGAAUUCUUACUUCCCAAACUGCCUUGCUGAAAGCCACGUUCUGAUACCUUCAUACUUUUACACUUUAUUUUCUAUGACUAGAUGUUAAAUAAAUACUUCAAACCUAGGUCUUUAAUAUACGACUAAUUCGAAAUUGUUUUUAUCUCGCAUAGAAAGUUUUUUUUCCUUCUUCUUCUGGAGGAAGAGAGGGAAGGGGCCGUGUGAGGCACUGCAGCAGACUCUCCUUGGGAAGUGCUCAGUCCUGGGGGGUGUGCGGGUGGCCCUGGGACCAGCCCCGUUUAUGCAGCGACUUUGUCCUGCAGAGAAGCACUUUCUGUAAAGCUUUUAGGCCGUAGCAGAGAUGGGCUUGUGCUGUCCUGGCACAGCCCUCAGGAGCUGCCCUGGAAUCCCUCCGUUCGGAUUGGUUUUCCUUCAGAAGUGCGAGUCGUGCCGUUCUUGUAGCGCUCUUGUUGGAUGGCUGUUUACAGCUCAGCUGGAAUUUAACAGAAAGUUACCUAGUUCCCUUUGUUUUAUUUCGUGUUAUACUAAGAAUUCCGAGGAAUAAUUCCUUCCACUGGGAUAAAGGGAAAGCUGUUCAACACCCAUUUGAUGGUUCUGGCUGAGAGGCAGAGUGAAGACCCUGCACAGUUUUGACCUUUUGUAAAUCCUGUGCAAUAAAGGGUGGGUUUUAUGAAUAAAACUAAUGAAAACCUUUCCCUGGGUCUACAUUCAAAUUCCAAAUUUGACAUAGAAAUGAGGUAUCAAAAAAAAUACCCAAAAGGCUUGUGCUGCACUGAUGAAUAAAACAUCACAGAAGCAAGAGCUGUUUGCUAGAAGUGUUUGGUUAGGAAAUGCUACGUUGGUAUUACUUAUUUUUAUAAAAACAAGCAUUUUCAAGUGGAAUACAAACCCUAGCCUUUCCUGUGGGGGUAGACUUCUCUGGUGAUUCCCAAACCUGUCUGGUUGUUUUGUAUCUCUUAAGGUAAGAAAGUUCAAGAGCAUUUGUUUUGACUGAACAUAAAGUGUUUAUAGAAAUACUUAUUUCAUGGAAAAUUAAACUAUUGCUUGAACCGAUGGAAUAUUUUUUUAAUUAUACCUGUCAUGUCUAAAGAUGGUCUUGCAGGUAAAUGUCAUUGCUGGACUAAAGGUUGUGUAUUAAUUGUUCCACUUGCAAAGUUGUUCCAGGGACAUUAGUUCUGUUUUGUUCUGUUUUUUUUUUUUUAAUUCUAAGGAAUGCCAUACCUUGUCAGUUUUGUACAAUAAAAUUCAAUGAUACCCGUCUUGUGCUUUGUUGUCAAGCAUAAUUGUGAAUUAUUUUCAACAGGGUAGUACAGAUUUAAUGUUACCAGUGCCAAAGUAAAGAUUCUGAAAGGCAGUCAGCUGUUUGAAGUAGAGAUCAAAAUAUAAUCAGCAUCCUGACACCAUUCUCUCUUCUAAGAAUAAGGGGUUAAAAAAAUUUAGUAUUUUAAAAUGUACCUGCAAGAACAGGGAUUAUCUGUAAAUAUUAAGGCAGUGUGGAAAAAAAGGGGGGGGGAAUAGAAGGAAUUUCUUUUGCAAAUGUUAGCAAAGGUCUUUUUCCCUCAUCACUUUCUUGCUCAUAAUAUUUGCAUAAAUGUUUCCAUUCUCUUGUCUGACUAAACCCAGCGUUAGUCAUUCCCUUACCAGUUCUGCUUCACACAUCCACAGCUGUGAAUCUGAAUUUGUAAUAAAUCUGAAGUGACAUUUAAGGAUACCUGCUGAACAUCUGACUGGUACAUUUGAGAGUACCGUGCCCUCGAGUGACACUGGUGGUUUGACAAGUGUCUGAAUUUCUCAUUUCAUUUAUCUUUAAUCAUACCUAGAAGUGGAUUGAAAACCUUGAUUGGAAAAAUGCAGUAACAGAAAAAAACGUGUAAUACUGUGAUUCCCUGAGCAGGUGAGUUAACAGCUCACAGCUGCUCAAAGAUCUCACCCCUGCAGCUCCCCCUUGUACAGUCCUGUCCCUUGUCCUUGCUACAGCACUUACUGGAGAGGAUUAAAAACAGCAAGGAAAAGUAUGUGGGUGGGUUUCCCCCUUUCCCCCUCCAGUUUGUCUUUUGCCAAGUGACUGAGUUUAAAUCAUCUCAAUGGGUCCAAUUGAGGCAGAUCAUGGGAGUGGGGCUUGUCCAGUUUAUCAGAAAGGAGCUGGUAAAUAAGCUCCCCACGUUCAUGGAGUGAGCUUUUCUCAGUGUGGCAGCCCUCUGACUUUGGCAGUUGACUUUCUGGAACCAACCCACCUUUGCUGCCUUCUAGUUGUGAUGCUUUCAAACUCCUGUAGGCUGGAAGCUGGGGCUCUUGUCACCCAAGGGAAGUUUCAGAAGGCAAUGACGUAAAGGCACUAAAGGAAUUCCACCUUCCUGCUGUAGAUCCAGGGUAGAGUUUGUUUUGGAAGAGUUACGUUUGUCUUCUCAGAACUGCCCAAGGAGUGAGGAAAUAACAGCUUUAUAUGGCAUUGUCUUGGUGAGUGUUCAGAAGCAAGGAAAGGAGGAGGACUGCAGGAUUAAACCAGGCAGGCUAAAAUUCCACCUGCUGACUGUAGGUGCUGCAGGGGAAUGUAACCUCCUGCAGGAAAACCUCUGUGUGUGACAGAGCUGCCUGCACACCUGUUCCUGAUGGAUCUGUCAGGCAGAGCUGGCUGCUUGUUCAGCUUUUCAGCAGGAAACAUCAUCAGAGUCCCACUGAAACUCUUGUUUCCGUGUGGCACUGGGACAGCUAACAGAGUUUGUAAGUCUGGAGUGACUAACUUUUUUUUCCUGAGUCGGUAUCAAACUGUGUGUCCACAGCAAACCUUUAUUAAAAAUAAUUUGAAUUUUAUAUAUGUGGAACGAAAUCCUAUUUUUUAAUUUUAUUGAGAAUGCACCGUUUUGAAAUGAACCCUGUACUUUGAUUAGGAACAAACCUCCAAAGAAUAUUUUUACUAGAACUGUUCUACCUUGUUGGACUCUAAUCUGUUCCUGAGAUGCCCGAUUUGGGGGGACAAAAAAAGGAAAAAAGUACUUUUUUUUCCACUUUAAAGAGUUGUUUUUCCUUUGACUGUAACACUUUACAGGCUAAAUGAAGCAAGGCUGAUUUAGUUACGUGAACUAGUCUUGUAUUAUCUUUGUGAACCAAACAUAAUACUCUCUAAAGUAAUAGGACUUAUUUCACUUAGUUUACAUUUCUAAAUGUACCUGGAGAGAAUUAAAAAGAAAAAAGAAAUAGAAAAUAUGAUGUGUGGAGUUAAGCCAAGAAACUGCAAAAUCCCUGAGGUCCACCUGCAUUAAUGUUCAGUAAAACCAGUCUCAGGGAAAGUAGUCAGCCAUGUAAUCAGUCCUGCCAGCUGACAAACCCACCCUCGUCCUGCCCAUUAAUUAGGAUUUAAUUUGCUACAGCUGAGUUCCAUUGCUGCAGCUACCUUAGAAGUGCUUACAUAGGUAAGCAGUGUUUUUUUCUCUUGUUAGACAUUUUAAAGGACUUCUCUUGGUUGGCCCUUGAAAUUUCUUCUAAGAUAAAUGAUCAUCUGUGCCAUUGUGUUAGAAACAACUUGAAACCAAAACAGCCAUUUACAGGGGGAGAGGGAGAGCCAAGAACUGCAAGAAUUCAGCCCCUUGACAAAGCAUGAAUAUCCCAUUGACUUCAGGGUCAUGGUGCCCCUCACUGACUGGCUGUGGCAGUUCAGGAAUAAAUAAAAAUCUGCAUUUAGUGGCACUGAAGCAUCAAAAGCUACAUUGAAAGCUACAUGCCAUGCUUUCCACAAGAUCAAGGUAGGGCUGUUCCCUUCCUUCAAUGAAGUAGCUGCAGUGAAAUCCAUGAAGGUACUUGUAUGUGUGGGAGAACUAUACCUCUGAUUUUGAUUUGCUGUUAGACUCAGGGAUAAUUGGCAACUUCUGCAUCAUCUCCUAAGCCUAAAACACCUUUGGCUCUGGAACCAGAAGCACUCUUACCUUACAGUGCUGGUGCUCUUGCAGCUGCUGGAGAGAAAACCGCAGUGAGUGUCACUGGUUGAUUGUGAUGAGAGAGCAGAGAGGUUCCCCUCGAGGCUGAGGGGCUGCUGUGGCUGGCAGGGACCCCGCUGAAGGGGCUGCUGUGCACACACAGCUGGCUGUCCUGGACAUGCCAACACAAAGGGUAAAACCCAUAUUAUCUGUCUGCCUGUUGUGCUAAUACCCUACUGGGACCUCUCAAGUUUUAGGGUUAGGUGUGUGUCACAGCAGCCUUUAGAACUGGGCUAAUCCACAGAUGGGGGGAAUUUGCAGCUGGAUACAUAAUGCUCAGCAUUGAUCAAGAUCCUAUCUUUCCCAAGUCAGAAGUCUACCCAAAUUACUUCAGGAUUGUGACUUAACACGUACAGGUUAAUUCUCCAGGAAUACAGGGCUCUCCAUUUCUCCUGGAUCCCAACUGCUUUGCUACUGAAUGUAUUUCGUGCUAUUUUUACCUGAAAAAGAAAAAAAAGAUAUGGGUAGAGAAUUAGGACAUUACUUCCUCUUAUUUUCUUAUUCAGUGGGACUUGCUUUUAUUUAACCUGUAAAGGAAUAUAGAUGUAUCUUUGGAGAACUAUAUCUUAUAUAUAGAAUAAUAUAUAAGAAACUGAACGGCAAGGGGAUAAAUACAUCGAAAGGAUUUGGUGUCAUGAAUUCCAUUUGUGAUUUGAUACCACCAGAAUCCUGGGCUGUACUAAUUUCCCUACAGUUACUCCUAUUUUUGUAUUUUAUAUAAUGCAUGGAUGGUACUACCAAUGCAAACAAGAGCACAUGUUCCCAGAUUUUUCUCCAGGUCUCGAUUCCCUCUUUCCAGUAAUCCCUGGGUUUGCAUUGCUGCUGAUACCACCCUCAAAAGCUGUGCCAGGAACUCUCUGGAGCCUUGGGAAUUGUUGUUUUCCAGGGAGGAAGGUUCCCUGGGUUCUCUGAACUGGGAAAAGACGGUACAUGGUUACAGAAAAGGGUCUAACCAAGCAUGAUGCAGCUCCCUCCCUGUCUGCCAUUUAGGUGGAUUCACUCCAGCCCGUGGAAAACAGAGCAGCUGCAAAGCUCUGACUCCAUUACAAUGAAGUUUUCCAGGUUUGGAAUUGCCUUUGUGAUCCUUGUGUGUGCCAAGUUCACAAAUCCUAAAGAGUUAGGGAAAAAAAGAGCAUCACAGAGAGAUCAGACUGUUAACUGAGAACAAUUCAGUACUGCCAGUACUUGGGUAAAUCAUCCAUGUAUUAUAUAAAGUACAACAUGGAAAUAUAAGUGUAAUGCUUGUUAUUAAAAGUGCAAUUCAAUGUACAUGGUCACAACAAAUGUUUACUUUUUUAAUUGUUACUGAAUUGUUUGGAUCAGUACCUUGUUAUCAUUGUGUGAACGAUGCCUUGUAAAAUAAAUGGAAAUGGACAACA